CGUAAUUAUGAUAACAGGGCUUCGACUAGUCCGGCGAUAUACGAAGAUUGGGUAAUGCAAGAAAUCGGUUCUGUAGAUAUGUGUGAUUACGCCGGACGAUGAUUUAGCUGAGCUAUUGAAGGCAAAAGCAAAUAUAUGUAGACGCACAUGGCUCAGAUACUACUUUUCUGCAUCAGUUUUUUUUUUCCUUCUACAUUCCGACAGAUUUUAGUAAGAGGAUGCCCGUGUAGCAUUGAAACUGCCAGACUACUGACGAUUCGAGAAAUUCUCGAAAGUCACGAAAGACGGAAUUCGAAAGGAAGGGGGGGUGGUUCAAGACGAAAAGAUGGGACGAUCACGGAGCCUUUGUUGUCUCCUACCCCCAUCAUUGAUGCCUCCAUGAUCUGUUCUCUCGCGACCGGGCCCAAAAUCGGUUACCAGCUCUAUCAUGCAGGGCGAGCACUGAAAAGUUCUGACCUAGCUCCAGAAGAAGAGCGAGAUCGACCUAGGCGAAGGGACGGAAAGAAGGGUUCGGGUAGAAGGGCUUCGGCAACGCAGGUACGCUGUGUGACCAUUGUACUAAGGAUACUAAGCUCAUACAUUUCGUAUUGGGGGCCAGCCCCGCCGUACACGGACGUUGCGAGCUUGGGAUACACCACCGGCUUUGUCGAGGACGCCGGUAUCAGCUCCACCACAAGGCCGAUAUCAAGCAGCCCCCUCUUAUGUCCUGUGAAAAUUCGACGUGUACUGUGACCCGAAGGUCGUCAAGGAUUAGGAUCUACGGCAAAGCUAUAUUUUACCGGGAUGAACCGUUACUGCAUCUACCAUCUACAUCGAGUCCGGCCUCUUCCAGUGUCACCGAUAUCCCGCGGACCUUCUCGCAUCAGAACCUACGAAGCGAAACUUGGCUGGGCUACCUAACAAGCCAUAGAGCAUAUUUUUAAGGUUCCGUCUUCUGGGAGGUGGCUAACAGUCACUCAAAGCACAACUGGUGCC